CUAACUGGUUGGAAGAUGACACAAACAUCACAUUGUCUUUCUCUGCUCCUGUUGAUCAUGAUUCCUGUUUCUAUGGUGACUGUGAGCACAGCCUCAGCGGAACCCUGUGUGUUCCCAUUCCGCUAUGGGGGCCAGGAGUAUAGAGACUGCACCACUGUGGGCACCUCGCGUGGCCUUUGGUGUGCCACCACCUACAACUAUGAUGACAGUCAUUGGCGGUUCUGUAAAGGAGGUCCAGAGUGGCGUGUUACAUACAGCCCUACACACAUCUGUGCUCUGGAGGGAUCAUCCGUUAGCAUGUCCUGCUCUUACACCUACCCCAGUUAUCUUAGAGUUAAAGAAGCUUUCUGGACAAACCAGUACGAGUACUCAGUCAAUUCUGAUUUAUCAAAAAAUGUAAUUUACAAGCGAAGGGUCACAUUGGACAGUAAAAAUAAACACAGGGAGUGCUCUCUGAACAUGAUUCAACUAACCAAAGCAGAUCAACAGUAUCAGUAUUACUGUAGGAUUACCACCAAUGUAGACAAUCAGAAAAUGACAGGCAUACCAGGAAUUUCUUUGAAAAUAACUGAUCUGCAGAUUGUUUCAACUAGCGAAGAAAGAGUGACUGAGGGAGAUCAUGUGACGCUCACCUGCAAAACCAUCUGCACUCUGACUGGAAGCCCUUCAUUCAUCUGGAGAAAAGAUGGACGUCCUGUAGAGAGGAACAUCAACAACCAGCUGCAGCUCCGCCUAGUCAGCAGAGAAGAUGAGGGCAAUUACACCUGUGCUGUUAGAGGCCAUGAGGGUCUCCCAUCUCCACGUUACAGGCUCCAAGUGAUGUAUCCUCCAAAGAACACAACAACUGUGUCUGCUCCAUCUGGUGAAAUAACUGUGGGAACUAGAGUGACUCUGACCUGCAUGAGUGAAGCUGACCCACCAGUACACACAUACACCUGGAUCAAGAAGAGUGGAGCUGUAGAACUGAAGUCAGGAAAGGAGAACACACUCACCUUCAGCAAGAUCCGUUCUGAGGACAGUGGAGAGUAUCUCUGUCGAGCAGACAAUACGAUUGGUCAUCAGAACUCUCCUGCUGUGUCAAUCAAGGUGUUAUAUCCUCCAAAUAACACAACAAUUGUGUCUGAUCCAUCUGGUGAAAUACCAGAUGGAGGUAAUGUGACUCUGACCUGCAUGAGUGAAGCUGACCCACCAGUACACACAUACACCUGGAUCAAGAAGAGUGGAGCUGUAGAACUGAAGUCAGGAAAGGAGAACACACUCACCUUCAGCAAGAUCCGUUCUGAGGACAGUGGAGAGUAUCUCUGUCGAGCAGCCAAUACGAUUGGCCAACAGGACUCUCCUGCUGUGUCUGUCCGGGUUUUGUAUCCUCCACGGAACACAAGAGUUGUGUCUGCUCCAUCUGGUGAAAUUACUGAGGGAACUAGAGUGACUCUGACCUGCAUGAGUGAAGCUGCCCCACCAGUACACACAUACACCUGGAUCAAGAAGAGUGGGGCUGUAGAACUGGAGUCAGGAAAGGAGAACACACUCACCUUCAGCAGGAUCAGUUCUGAGGACAGUGGAGAGUAUCUCUGUCGAGCAGCCAAUAGGAUUGGUCAACAGAACUCUUCUGCUGUGCCUGUCCAGGUUUUAUCUAUGUCCCAUGACCGGACCAUAUUGAUAGCUGUUCUGGCUGGAGUGGCGGUCUGUGUAGGUGUGGCUUUGCUCUGUGUCAUGUGCAGAUUGAGGCAAAGUAAAAAUGUGGCAACAAACAGUAAUAGGACACCAGGUGAUGAAAACCACCAGGAUGAUGAUGUCCUGUAUGCCACCAUUGAUUUCAAGAGGUCUGGGCAGAGCAGAGCUGCUGGUCACCUCAAUGUUGCGGCUGCAGGAGGAGCAGAGGAUGAUGUCCAGUACUCCACCAUCCAGCCCCACGGCUCAACACAGACUGCAGGAGGAGCAGAGGAUGAUGUCCAGUACUCCACCAUCCAGCCCCACGGCUCCAGACAGACUGCAGGAGCUCAGGGGGAUGACGAUGUCCAGUACUCGAGUGUCCACUUCAAAAAGGCAGCUGGUGUCAAAGGUUCUCCUGACCAGCCAGAGGGGGAGCUCUCUGUGAUCUACAGCAGUGUUCAUAUGAGAGCAUAAAGUAAAUUGUUUGAGGAAACAGCCAUUAGCAAAUGUGUUAAAGAAAAUCCAUAACCUAAGCUCAG